GUGGCCCUCAACAAGCACAGCAUCGAAGAUCACGUAAAGACGAUGCACAGCAGCGGACGACCUUACCAGUGUGGGAUUUGCAAGUACACCAGCGUCGAAGAAUCAUGAUAUUUCAGUGGAAAGUUCGAGUUCACGCGUCUAUCAAACAUCCGGAAACGCCAUGCCUUCAAAUGCUCACUGUAGCCUCACACAGUAAACCCUACCUCUACAUCAGAGAACUUUUCCCGGAUAUUGCAGCCUUGCUGCCCGAAGACGAAGUUGACGAAAUGCUCUAUGGUUUCCGACAACUCAAUCCAUCCGUGUUGCUCUCAGUGCCGACCUCACUCAAUUCGCUUUCUGACACAGUUGCUGAUAACACUGUCGCUGAUUCUACCUCAUGUUUUGACCUCAAACCACCCAAACCUCCGGCACCGCUCAACGAAGAGACUCCGAUGUUACCAGAUCCAUUCCAAACGAUAUUCCUUGAAUUGCUAAACAAUCAGCAUGCUCCUCUCCCUAUUAAACCAUCUCCUAUACGGAAAAAUCAUAAUGCGUUAUCUGUCGAACGAUUCGGAAGUAGAGUGGAGUGCGCGAUGUGUAAAGCGCCAGUGGAGAGUAAGCGAACAAUGCUCGUCGGUCAUGCCAAGUCCCAUUGCCCUCAAAGACAGUGGCAAUGCCCCCAUUGUGAAACGACGGCCGCCUUCCAUUCAAAACUGAAACUGCACGUUCAAAACGCUCAUAAGAGCGACGCCGAACCCAUGGAUAUGUACUCAGCCGAAUUGGAAAACAAAUGGCUCGAACUGUUCCGGCAGUGCUUUCCGCAAUUCGCUCAGCAAUGUUACGUCGAAGAUUGGAAAUUCCGUUCGAAACAACAGCAACAUCUGCACAGUAUGUCAGUAGACGAAUGGAACACACGAGGUACUGAAAGUGGCGAACAACUAAGACGUACAAUUCUGAUCGAUCCGGAAGAGCCACGAAAAGAAGUCGAGGAGAAACAAGAAUUUCAUCACAACACCUCAUCAAACGGACUCCAACAUCAUUCCAUUCCACCACAACCGUAUCCUAACAACAGUGCUUCUGUGUAA